AUGUCCUCCACGGUGAACUAUAGCGUGUAUGGAAAACGUUAUGCGAACGCUCAACAUUUAUUUGAAAGUUAUGCAAAUAAAACCAGUAAAGUCGGGUGGUAUGAGAAAUUCGACAAAAAAGUUCACCUUGCAUCAGGAGUACUCGCAAGAGGGGGCGAAACAAAAUUUUUAUAUAAGACAUGUAUUGCCAUCACGACCGAUGAACUGCUCGAGAUAGCCGAACAGCUGAAGAAAGCAGCGCGUACGCCAGGAGCAAGCAACGAGUUUUGUAUUUCAGAAGGCACCGAUUACAAAGGUGACGAAACCAAAUUGGUUCUUCGCGACAGUGAUUAUCAAGGUUUGGUAUUAUUGCAUAUGAACGCAAAGAAAGCAGAUAUUGUGGUUGACGAGGAUUCAGACGAAGAUCCCGAUCCAGAACCCAUCGAAGACGAAAUUGUUGAAAAUGUGGUGGAAUGGUCUGAGUGUUUCGAGAAGUUCUACAUCUCGAAACGUGAUGAUUGGAAGAAAUUUAGCAAAAUUAUGUUGGCAAUUCACAAUGAUGUCACGCAUCUCAACGAUGUUGAUCGAGAAUCAGUGAUCCCUCCUGCUGGUGAACCUCAGAUGCAGAAGCAGAUCGUGGGCCCCUCUACAACUUCUACAACGACCAAGGGUGGUGGAAAACGUGGUGCAGGUGGUAGUGGUGGUAGUGCGCGCAAGAAAGCUCGCCCGACCAACGCAGAGUUGUUCAAUCGUGAAGAACAGGUAAUAAAUCGGGUACGCCCCUCACACACACCUCUACGCCCCUUGAAACCCAUACCCCCUCUACGUUCCCGUAGUUUGGACAACGAUCAAGCGAUAAAAUACAAUAGAUCUCAAAAACAUGCUGUGCAAGUAACGUGGUCUGAGCCUUUAGUGAAAAAUAGUUAAAUUUAUAUAUUUUUUUUUAGAAGUUACCGCCAAAAACGGCGUUGGCAACUAUUUUUCAAUAUAUGCUCGCGGGUAGUACAUUAGAAGAUACCGUUCUUAAGCAUUUAGAUGAAUUAAAUAGUGAAGCACCAUUCGAUUAUAUGCAGUUAGCUCGAGAUCGACCCGCCAUAUUGUUUACGAUGUACGAAGCUAUUCAAGCUCAAAUGGUGGUUGAUGAGUAA